AUGUGGCUGGACCGGGCGCUCGCGGUGACCGAGGACGCCUUCUGGGCGCUCGGCGGCUCGCUGCUGCGCUGCGAGUGCCGCGAGCGCGCCCCCUUUGUGCGCUGCGAGGCGGCGCCCGCGGACGCGCCCUGCGGCCCGCACCAGGUGGCCGGGAGCUGCCGCCACCGCGGGUCCAUGCUGGACGAGAUCUCGGUCUUCGGAGCUCUCGCUGAGGAUGAGGACACGGCCGUGCUGCCGCCGGGGGAGGCGGAGCGGUUCUGGCCGACAGGCGCGGCGCCGAGGGCUGCGCCCCGCACCGCCGCGCCCGGCCGGGGCCCGCCCGGCGGCGACCUCUUCGGGCGGCGCCGGGCCGCCGGUGCGGAGGGCCCGGCGGGGAGGCUGAGCGGCGCGGCCUGGCCGCUGCCGCCCUCGCCCAGGUCUCCGUCCUCCCCGCGGGCCCCGCCGGAGCUGCCGCCCCCGGAGCUGCUGGCCCCGCCGGGGACGUCCGCCCCGCCGGCGCCGCCUCGGCGGAGCGGCAGAGCGUGCCGCCGCCCUCGGGGCAUAUUGCGGGCCCCCGGGGCGCGGGCGGUGCCCCAGCACGUCACAUUCUGCAGGGACGAGGCCGAGGUCCGGGAGAUCCCGCUUCUCCAGGUCCGGGACCUCGAGGUGUUCCAGUGGUCUCGGUCCAGCGGCCUGGAGGACGCCGAGGACGAAGGCGUGGAGACGGACUCCUCAGAUUCCUGUUGA